UGUGUGUGUGUGUGUGUGUGUGUGUGGGUGUGUGUGUGUUUCCACAGAGUUAGCCCAUGCGAGCAACGUGUGGACUGAACGCAGCUGUUUCGUUCCGAGCAAAGCCCAACAUGUGAGAAGAUGUCUGUUGGAGGUUGUGCUUGUCCUGGCUGCUCGUCAAAGUCAUUCAAACUGUACUCCCCCAAGGAGCCCCCCAACGGCAGCACCUUCCCCCCCUUCCAUCCCGGCGCCAUGCUGGACAGAGACGUGGGGUACGCUGCGCCCUCACUUGGGGAGACCGGACGGCCUACACCUAUGUAUCCCCCGUCGUAUAUGGAGCCUGGGAUGGGGAGACCCACGCCGUACGGGAACCAGACAGACUAUCGGAUAUUUGAGCUGAACAAAAGGCUACAGAACUGGACCGAGGACUGUGACAAUCUCUGGUGGGACGCCUUUACUACAGAGUUCUUUGAGGAUGACGCCAUGCUCACCAUCACGUUCUGUCUGGAAGACGGCCCCAAACGAUACACCAUCGGCAGGACCUUAAUUCCGAGGUACUUCCGGAGUAUCUUCGAAGGGGGCGCCACUGAGCUGUUCUACGUGUUGAAGCACCCCAAGGAGUCGUUCCACAGCAACUUUGUGUCCCUCGACUGCGACCAGUGCACCAUGGUGACUCAGAACGGCAAGCCUAUGUUCACUCAGGUGUGUGUGGAGGGCCGGCUGUACCUGGAGUUCAUGUUCGAUGACAUGAUGAGGAUCAAGACGUGGCACUUCAGCAUCCGGCAGCACCGGGAAGUCCUCCCAAGAAGCAUCCUCGCCAUGCAUUCCAAUGGCAUGCAGGACCCCCAGAUGUUGGAUCAACUGGCUAAGAACAUCACGAGAUGUGGCCUCUCCAACUCCACGUUGAACUACCUUCGGCUCUGUGUCAUCCUGGAGCCCAUGCAGGAGCUGAUGUCCCGGCACAAAACCUACAGCCUCAGCCCCAGAGACUGCCUGAAGACGUGCCUCUUCCAGAAGUGGCAGAGGAUGGUGGCACCACCAGUCCCUUCCCCACAUGUAGCUGAGCCGGCCAGACAGGCGCCCAACAAGCGGAGGAAGCGGAAGGUGUCCGGCGGCAGCACCAUGAGCUCGGGCGGCGGCGGCGGCGGUGGCGGCGGCGGCAACAAGAAGAAGAGCCCUGCCAACAGCUUCGCCCUCUCCAACCAGGACCUGGUUGGAACAAAAACCUGUACAGGGCCGGAGCUUGAGGACCGGAGUUGAGAGCCACCACGCUAAAUCUUAAUCCCAUCCACACAAAUACUGACACACACACAAACACACACGCAAGACACUGACUGACACGCACUCCAAUGCAGCCGACACCCCCCCUUACACUCGGAGCAUGAUGGCAGCGGUACCAGAGUCGUUACGGACCGUGUCUGGACCAGAGCACCACAUGCUACACAAGUGGGAUUUCUCUCUUAGUUUGGUUUCUUUGUUUCUAUUAUUAUUAUGUUUUCAAUUGGUUUGGAUUUUUUUUUAUUUUUGUAAACAAUUUCUAAAAAAAAAAACAAGAAUAAAGUCAAGACUAGCAAACGUAAUAAAAAAAAAACAAGAAAAAAAAACUACAAAACACCCCAGAAUAUUCUUUGCACAGUUUUUUCCACAGUGACACCAAUCUAUUUUUCCUAUGAAUCGAUGGUGUAUUCUUGUUCUUUCUAAUUGCUAAUGUACCAACUGUAUACCAUCCUAAAUCUGUUGUGGGAGAUCGCUCUGUGUUGCGUAUAUUGUAAUAUUACUGUUGAAUCAUUCUUACUGUGGUGACGACUGAACCGCAAUGCAAAUCCAUGCUUAAUGUCAUCAGUGUGGGACAUCAACUCGGUGGAUUGAAAUGUACUGAUGUGUAUUCCUAGCAGUGAUGCUAUGGAGUUGUAUGGCUUAAUGUUUUAGUACUGCAGACCAGUUUGUCUGAAUUUCCCACGGCGUUACGUUGGAUAAUGGUUUCCUUACUGACUCCACCUGCUGUAAAAUCAGUUGACGUGUCAUUGCCAAGUUGUUUUUUUGCUUAGUCUAUCUGGAGAGUGUUCACUUUUAGGAAAACUACACAGGAAGUUUGAAAUUUGCUACUUUAAAAAAAAAGAAACAAUUUUGACAGGAUUGUAAAAUAAUAAAAUACUUUUUGUAUUGAGUUUCCCAAGAAUGUUUUUCAAUCACAAAUGAGAAAGCUGCAAACCAAGGAGCUACAUGUAAUUUAAGAUAAUGCUAAUGCUAUGCUAUUUGUUUGUAUAACAUAUUUUUGACCCUCCCAUGUUUCUGUGUAUGUACUUGUAUAUUUUCGGUAAUAGUUAUUUGUAAGUUAUUUUAUGUACCCCGUCCCCCCACUUCUCAUAUACCUUGACAAAGCCCAUCUCAUGUAAAGAGAUAAAAGGCUCCUAGUUUUGUUUUUUUUACCCGACUAUAAAAGGAACAAUCACUGCUAACAUACAUUUGGGGUCAUGUUAGCAAACCUAUUUAUUUUUCUAGAUUCAACCAUUUUAUUUAGGCCGACCUCAAGUGUGCAACAUCUGUUAUAUUUGUCGUAUUAAGUCUAGUGAGUGGCAAGGUUGGUAAAUGAGAAAAUGCUUGUGUUUUAAGUAAAUGCAUUUUUGACGUUCCUAACAAUUUAGGGACGACCAUGGUCAUUUUAUCCAGAGUUCUCACUAAUACAUUUGUUUUGGGUAAAUUCCACUUCUGCUAGACACAUCAUUGGAGAAAUUGAAAUGUCUGCGUGUUCAAUUUCUUGUAAGAAUCAUAAUAACUUUUUGCAAUUAACUGGAGCAAUUACCCUUUCUUUCAAACCAUUGCCUUUUUGCAAGUUUCGAUGGGUUACCCAUUUGAUGUAUCAACAGUUAAAGUCAAUAACUGACGAAAAUAGUGAGCAAAUAUUUUAGUACUUGUAAAAUAUGCUCUACCACUUAAUUACUGGUGUACAAAUAGUUUUUGUCACAAAAGGAAUUGUGAUUCUGCAUACACAGAAUUAAAAUAUACACAUCACCGCCACUAGGGGUCUCCAAUAACACAGACAACCCGAUCACGCUAACGAGUUGGGUUCUCACCUGGCAAGUUGCCCGUGGGCGUUUUCUCGAACACUAGUUGACAAGGGAUUUGUGGGACUAUUGUGUUUUAAAACCUCUCAUCGGCGUCUUAAUCUCUGUAAUCUACCCGUCGGUCCUAGCAGUGAAAGAAGAAAAACCCUAUAUAUUACCCGAAAAAACUUCCCCGUGACCCUCCCAACACAUGCUGAGAAAAUUGUUCUAUCACAGACCUGAAACAACAGCGCACCCAUAGCUGGUUUCGGUAGGGCUCAGUCACAGGGGGGAUUUGAUACAUAUAUAUCUAUAUAUUUUGCCUAGCAUCUGUCAUUGACGAUUAAUGUAUGGUAUCAAUAAAAUGAAUUUUCACUGAA